GGAAAGGGGGUGGUGCCCUACAGAUGCGCGCCGAAGUGUGCCCAUGAGGAGGGGAGGAAGAAGGCGGCGGCGGCGGCGGCGGCCUACAAGCACCCAGCCUGACGCGCUUGUGGGUAGAAGACGGCUGGAGGCUGCUGUGGCUGCGGAGGAGCAAGCUGUGUGUCGUAGGAUCAGCCUCUGCAUUUGCGCCCCUGCUCAUUGCUAGCCGCUUGUUGUGUGCCCGCCUGCCUGCCUGCCUGCCUGGCCGGUCACCACGCGGAAGGGGGCGGACGCCGCGAGCCGGCUCCUUGUGCUGCUGGGUGCGACGGCGUUUGGUGGCCGCCGCCGGCUCCCUCGCUCAGUCUCUAGGCGGGCUUGCGCCGCGAACAGCUCUCCAGCAGCAGCAGCCGCAGCAGCAGGCCUUUGCGGCGGCCUCGGCGGCCAUGGUGGCGUGGCGUGGCGUGGCGCUGCCCUGGCUGCUCUUGCUGGCGGCUGUGGGCUGCCCGCGGGUCGCCUGGUCCCUGGUGUGGUACACGGCUUGGGUGAGCACCGUGUACACCGAGCCCGGCACCAACCGCACCAUCCGGGGCAGCGCCGAGAGCGGCCGCUACGGGGAAAGUUCGCCCAAGGUGAGCGUGGAAGGCCUGGUGGGCAUCCCCCGCGGCGUCACCGCCCGCCACAUGGAAGGCUGCGCCCCGGACGUCGAGUAUGAGGUGCCCCUGCCGCCCAGCAGCAGCGUCACCCGCGGCCCGGCAGGAGAAGGACCCGGGGCCGCGCCGCCGCUCCCUCCUCCGCCUUGGAUCGCCUUGGUGGCCCACGGAGGAUGCCACUUGAAGGACAAAAUCGCCAACGCCGCGAGAAAGAAAGCGGCCGCCGUGGUGGUCUACAAUGAGCCCCGGUUCGGCAAUACCACCCUUACCAUGCCACACCUCGGUACUGGCAAUACAGUUGUAAUUAUGGUUGGGUAUCCAAAAGGAAUGGAAAUCUUGGAGCCAGUGCGCAGAGGGAUACCAGUGAAAAUGACUAUUGGUGUUGGCAAACAACACAUACAAGAAUUUGUCAGUGGACAGUCAGUUGUGUUUGUAGCAAUUGCAUUCAUCACCAUGAUGAUUAUAUUUCUAGCAUGGCUUAUAUUUUUUUAUAUACAACGUUUCCUCUAUACUAGAUCACAGUUUGGAAACCAGGGGCACAGAAAAGAAAUCAUGAAAGCAAUUGGCCAGCUGCAGCUGCAUAGUGUGAAACAUGAAGAUCAGGGGUUGGAUAUCAGUGCUGAAAAUUGUGCAGUAUGCAUUGAAAACUAUAAACCAAAAGAUACAGUUCGAAUUCUGCCUUGCAAACAUGUCUUUCAUAGACAUUGUAUCGAUCCCUGGCUAUUGGGCCACAGCACAUGUCCAAUGUGUAAACUUGACAUAAUCAAGGCUCUAGGCUAUUGGGGAGAAUCUAAAGAAGAACAUGAAGUUGCAAUGCCAGAGUCAGUAAGUGGUAGUGUAUCAGUUGGAAGUUGGAGUAUUGUUGUACAAGAAGAGGAUAGAAAUGAAGCAAGUGGUUUAUCAGCAUCUUCUACUAAUGAACCCAUAUUAAGUAGUAACCAUUUAAAAGAGGAUCGAGGUGAAACAGCAGCUUUACUUGAAAUGGAUAGCAGAGACAGUCAACAUGAAGAACUGUCUAGUGGAAAAACUAAAUGAAAACUUCACAGACUUCUGCUGAUAGCUAAAGAUUGACUUUAUUGUUAUUUAAAUGGUAUGGACUUCUAUCUAGCCUAAGAAAUGUUUUACUUUUCUAAUGUUCCAAAAGGGCUGCUGAUUAAGAAUUUUGUAUGAGAAGAUUCUGAAGAAAACUUUUAUCCUUAUAAAUUACUGUAACUGAUGUAACUUUUGUUUAGAAAUAAAGCUACAUCAGUUAACAGGGGAAAAAGAAAACACCCGUUGGUGCUGCAGAAAGCUGACUUUAUUUGAAUUUUAUCUGGUCAGUUUCAAACUUGUUGGUUUCUUUCCACAAAUGGAUCCCCUUGAGAAGAGUACAACAUUCACAUAGGCUAAAAGAUUGUGUGUUAUUUAUACGAUAUGUAGCAUAAGUGUGUAAAACUUAAAAUGUUUGUAAUACUGAUUUUUGGUUUUUUAAAUUGUGUGUAUAUAGUGCAUAAUACAAACUUGCGAAAUAUCAGGUAACUCCAGUGAUUGUAAAAAGCAUUUGCCACACAUUUGCGUGCGGGUGGGGAUUCAAUGAUUUUUAACUUGAAAAAAACCACUACUAAAAGGAAAAAAGUUGACAAUGCUUAUAUUGUGCUUCAACUUUUGCAUUGCUCUAGAAACAGACAUUAUGUGCAUUGUAUUGUCUUGGGCAUGCUGUACAUGGAGAGUAAUUUUAAUACUCAUGCAAGUUACACCUCUCAGGUUUUACAUGAGUAAAACGGAAGUAAAAAGGGCUAGAUAUGGUAGAAAGUUAUUCUAUUUAUGAAAUUUCCCUGACUCAAACUUAUACCUUUCCUCCUUGUUAUGUCACAUUUCCUCUGCAUUCUUUUCUAUUCUAACUCAGGACUGUGAUCCUUGUAAGGUUCUACUACAAAAGUAAAGAUCCAUAUCAUUUUUUCUAUGCAAAGGAUUUUUAGAUGCUUCCCAUUAGAAGUUUGCCUGAGGUGGUGGCUUGUUUCAUACUGUGCUAGCUUAGCAGUUUUGUGCCUUUUAUAGAGUAGAUGAAAAGCACUAAGCCUGAAUUUUAUGAUACUAAAUAAAGUGCUGCAGUUUUGUUUUUAAUUCAUCAAGUAAUUCCAUACAGUAGACUCCAGAGGAAAAUGGUAAAUUGUGUGUUUAUAGUUGACAUGUUGAAAGAAUAUAUUUAUUAAAUGUUGAAAGAACUCUUUA